AUUGGAUAUUGAGUGCAUCGUUUGUAAUAAAACGUUGCAAAAGAUUAAUCACAAACUACCCAGUGAUUACAAGAUGAGAAAAAUAAGCCGACGCUCGAGAACACCAAAUUGGUCACCAGAAGAAAAACAGUAUCUACUCGACUUAAUUAAAGAGCGAAAAGAAAUCGUCAUUAAUAAACCCAAUGCACCAAACAAUUACGAAGAAAAAGACGUCGCGUGGACUGAGAUACUACAGGAAUUAACCUCUAAAUUCGGACCGAAAUUUACCGAGUUCUCGAUUAAAAAAUUGAAAACUCAAUGGCAGAAUAUGAAACGUGUCGCUCGGGAGGAGAUAUCUUUAAAUGGGCCAACAGUUAAUAACUUUACAAGACAAUCAAUUGAAGUAUGUAAUAUUCUUGAUUUAGUUAGAAAUGGUGAAAUAAAACAAGAAGAGAAAGCACAGUCCAUUGAAACAAUUUUAAAAACUGACAUUGAAAUUAAAACGGAAUGUAUUGAUGAUGAUCUGAAUGCACCAAGCUGUAAAACUCAGUCCAAAGUCGACACUAUAAUUAUGGACUCAUCAUCAUCCUUCUCGGAACCAAUGGAUUUAAGUGAGCCUACAAUUGAGGUAGACUCUGGAAAUCAUAAAACUGCUGAAACUAUGACAGAUGCUUUCGUAGAUGUAAACUUGUUCCCGAGAGUAGCAAAUGACUUUUUGAGGUUUUCCACAACUGAAAAAGAAAUGAAAAUGGAAGCGCAUAAAGAAGAAAUGCAAAUAAUACGAUCAAUGAGAGAAACAGCCGAGUUGAAUAAAAUCAUAGCUGAACAAAAAUUAAAACAUGUCCUUUGGGUAAAGAAGCAAGAGAUGGCGUAA